AAUGUAUGUAAUGCAUCACAGAUAUUUCGCCACUUAAACCAACACAGUGUAGCUUCCACGAGUAGCGCUGCGAUCGAUAUAGAUAUUGAUUCUCGUGGAAAGGCUUUGCGACCAAAACAGACUAGCUGCCAUUUUGGUUCAAUGAAUACUUGUAUAUUUUGGUUGACGAACUCUUCUAAGCAGAUUUGAAGAACAUCGGUCAUAUCCCAAAAUGAAGGGGGGUACUAUUUGUGUCGUCGUGUUGGUGCUGACUUUAACCCUUAUUGAAGGGAAAAAGGCAAAACACCGACAGACCAGAGCAGCUGAGGAGCUAGAAGAUCUUCAACUUAACAAUAAUCUCGUAAGAACAAAACGAAAGUCUGAAGGACAAGCCCUGAGCCGGAUGAAGAGGUUACAUGAGCCUGAAACUGAAUUAAAAAGAAUGAAACGUACAAAAAGGUCAUUAUCUUACAUCCAUCGUCCUCAAAUUAGCGAAAGGGCACUAAGUAGAAGGAAGAGAGUUCCAAUGGAAGCUGUCCUUCAUCGUGCGAAAAGGGUUCGGGCUGAUAAGACCCUCCGGCGCAUCAAGCGUCUUCGUCGCGACCUUAGGACUGAAUUGAUGCGCCACCGCCGGAACACUAAAGAAUUGGGAAACAACCUGAGAAUCCCUAUCAUGAAGCGAGAUCACAGAACCAGGAUGAGACCAGACAAGAGGAGCCAGGCCAGGUUAAGCCGAAUGAAGGCUGUCAUUGGCAACCACAUUCAGCAACGGAAGCGCAACCGUGUCAUGCACCACAGAUCGAAUGGCCCCGCACACAAAAAGAAUGACGUCAUACACAAAAAGAAUCACGUCGCCCAAAGAAGGGUGAUAAUGAACAAGACCAACAAGCACCACUUGAACAAAGUACAAGCCGCCAACGACAAAAAACACCAUGUCCAAGGGCAUGCUAACUGAGGAAAACAAAAAACACCAUGUCCAAGGGCAUGCUAACUGAGGAAAA